AAGUUUACGUCAGUUGUCUUCUCCCAGCAACCGGACUGAGCUGUUAGCUGUUGUUCUUCUGAGCUCGGAGAUACAGAUCUCUCCGCACAAAGUUAACAUGGCUGAAGUAGAAGAAACUCUGAAGAGAAUCCAGAGCCAAAACGGAGUGCAGGGAAUCAUCAUCGCCAAUGCAGAAGGUAUCCCCAUCAAGACGACUCUGGACAACACCAGCACGGUGCAGUAUGCAGGGCUGAUCCACCAGCUGGUGAUGAAGGCCAGGAGCACCGUACGAGACAUCGACCCCCAGAACGACCUCACCUUCCUCCGUGUCCGCUCCAAGAAGAACGAGAUCAUGAUCGCUCCAGAUAAGGAUUAUUUCUUGAUCGUCAUUCAGAACCCGUCGGACUGAGAAGAAGCAGCUGCUGUCCGACUCAUUACUCUCUUCUUUUGUCUUUUAUAUUUAAAACAGCCAAACAUUUUCUUUGUCUCGCUAAAUCAAAAGAACCUGUUUAAGGAAGCUUUUAUGCACUUGCUAUACCAGGAAGUAGCGACAGGAUUUGAAAGUGGAUGAAACUGCUCUGCAGGCACAUUUCUUUUUCCAUGUUUUAGCAUUCCAGUUCAGCCUCCACUCUUUGCACACUGUAUGUUUUGUCACUGUGUUUAGUUUAAAGGUGUUUUAGCUCAUGGUGAAAACUGCUCACCUGCUAAAAGACCUCUGACAGAAGUAGGAAACUUUAAACUGGACCGGUGCGUACAUGCCUGCACAGUGUAACAGAGAGAGAAAGACCACAGCACAUCUUAAACUCUGAGGAUGAUUUCAGUUCAACCUUCAUGGAAAAUUUGGGAUUGUUAUUUAUUGUUUUGUUGGCUACAGAUGCUGAAGUACAGUAUUUCACUGGUGAGCAGCGAACAACACUACGAAUACUUCUCUGCUCGACCGUGUCAAGUUUCUGAUGGUUAUUUUUGACAAAUUAUAAAAAUAAAAACAAGUCAAAAUGA